CCCAGAGGAGGCCCCCGUCUUCAGGAGAUCGUAGACCGAGCACAGAGAAGGCGUUUGAUCUCAGGGUGGUACACGUAUCUCUCGUCCCUGCUGGUCAGGGUACGAGCAGGGAGCUGGUCUCACCUAACAGAUGUGUCUGGGACACUCCAGCGUAUUUAUUCUGUCGACAACACAAAGAUGAGUGUGAUGGAAGCAGCGGACGGAUGCAGGGUCAUGCGAGCCGCCGACACGGCUGAGGGGUACGUGAAGGAGUUCACACGCCACCCCAAGGACGUGCUGCAGAAUCUGAAUGAGCUCCGGCACCGCAGCAUUUUGACAGACACCGCUCUGGUUGUUGGCACUGUCCACCUGCGUGCACACUGUGCGGUGCUUGUGGCCUGCAGCGGAUUCUUCUACUCACUGUUCUCUCGCCGGGUUCUCCUCCAUGGGCGUGGUGGCAGCGGGGAGCAGCUCAUGACUGUGUCGCUGCCCAACACCCUGGACGCAUCCAGUGUCUCCCUGCUGCUCGACUUCAUGUACACCUCCCGCCUCCCUCUGACACCCAGCACCGCUCCCGGGGUGCUGGCUGUGGCCACCUACCUGCAGAUGGACCAUGCGGCUGAUGCCUGCAGGGAUUUCAUGCAGCUGCACUGCAGGGAGAGUGUCGCACACCCUCAACUGGAGCUGGACUCCAGGGUGUCCGUAACCACAGCAGCCUCCAAAGAAGGGAAUCUACCAGAUCAAGGACACUUGCUGCCAGCAGUGGAGGUGAUGAGGGUUUCUGCAGAUGGCAAAGCCUCACUCAAACUAGGGCCUUUCCCGACUCAUGAAUUUGGGUCAAAGGUGCUGAAAGGACAGCCUGGGUCACCCCUGCUGGGCACAUCGACCCCAUCUCCUGACAGCCCUACCCGCUCCAGCUGCCAGCCAAACUCCCCAGCGGAAUCCAACACAUGCAGCAAAAACCAUGUGAGUGAUGCCAAUCCUACACCAGAUCCAAAGAUGUGCAACUGGAAAAAAUACAAAUACAUCAUCCUCAACCCUCUCUGUGCUGCAACUACGGUGAAAGAAGAAGACACGGAGGAAUCCCGAAGCCUCACGCCAUGCGUUGCAGACAGGGCGGGCUUGUUGCACAAACCGCCAACAGAGGCGAGGUCUGGAGAAGUGCCCGGUCAGAUUGAUAGACAGGGGCAGGACUCCUGCUACGAGGGUUCUGGCCGAGCCCCUCCCCUGUGGUCACCCCCCUCUGUGGAUCACCAAACAGUGCCAUCCAAUCAAAGGGCGGGAACAGAAGGCGCCCAUCAGAAGCCUGACAACUGCUGUAUGUCCUACUGUUACCUUGGUAACCUCGGAGGAACCAAGAGUGUCUGUUCAGGUGAGAAGCCGUACCGCUGUAACGUGUGCGGCGCCCAGUUCAACCGUCCGGCCAACCUGAAGACGCACGCUCGUAUCCACUCUGGAGAGAAACCGUACCGCUGUGACACGUGCGGCGCUCGAUUUGUUCAAGUCGCCCAUCUCAGAGCUCACGUCCUGAUCCACACCGGGGAGAAACCAUAUCCCUGUCACACUUGUGGCACCCGCUUCCGCCACCUGCAGACCCUGAAGAGUCAUCUGCGCAUUCACACCGGAGAGAAACCUUACGCUUGUGAGACAUGCGACCUGCACUUCAGACACAAGAGCCAACUGCGGCUUCACCUGCGCCAGAAACACGGAGCCGUCACCAACACCAAGAUCCGCUACAAGGUCCUAUCGGAACCCUACCAGGCUCUUCUGCAGGCCUGCUGAGGGACUCUGACACCUCCCUCAUUAGUCAGGACUUAAUAAUAUCUAAAUUUUACCUAAACUCCCCAGUCAGUUAACGCAGAAUUCAGCUUUUCUUCCAGUUUAUUUUUAAGGAACAUGAAUCUAAAAGGCUCAUAAGGAAACUUAAGCGGCUUUUCUGCAGUGGAAAACCUGUUAAGGAAAGUGUGUUUGAAGGCUUGUGAAGGUGAAGAAGCAGGAGUCAAAGAUAUGAAUCAGAACACUGUAAACCCGAACAAGUUAGCAGAACUCAAAAAUAUUAAGGUAAUCAAUUGCUACAAAAUUUUUAAGUUCAUAACCUUAAAAGUCAAAUGUUCCCAGAACUUAAAAGUUUCAAUUAUAUGCUACUUAUACCUCUUGAUUACAAUUAAAGUCUUCAUUAAGUAGAAGUACAUCAUUUUGGCUGCUCCGUUGUUUUUCACUCGUGGUCGCCACAGCAGAAAUUGGCACAACUUUUACACUGGAUGUCCUUCCUGACGCAACUCCACAUUAUAUACUUACUUAAAUAGUUCAAGUUUGUGUAGCAUUGUUUUGCUUUUUUGAGUAAAUUAAAUUCAGAAUAUUUGAUUGACUUGAACUAAUUGUAUAAUUAAGUGAGCAAAACGUCAAGGCAUAACUUAAGCACGGCUUAAAAGAAUUGAGUAAUUAUAUAUGAAAAUAUUUGAGUUGACUUAAACACUUUAGCAGGGGAAAUGAAAUGAAAUGAAUUGACUCCACCCCCACCAAUUGCACGAACCACUUGGCCACCACCCCUGCUAAAGUCUUUAAGUCAACUCAGAUAUUUUCAUAUAUAAUUACUCAAUUCUGUUAAGCCAUGCUUAAGUUAUGCCUUGAAGUUUUGCUUACUUAAUUAUACAAUUAGUUCAAGUCAAUCAAAUAUUCUGAGUUUAAUUUACUCAAAAAAGCAAAACAAUGCUACACAAACUUGAACUAUUUAAGUAAGUAGAACAUUUUCUUAAAACUUUGAGUUUACACUACUUAAUCCUUUUAAUUAAUUUGAACAUUCGGGUUUACAGUGAAGAUGAAAUAGUUUGGUUUACAUGUGCAGCCAAGAAUGGAGUAUAUGAACAAGAUGAAAGAAAGAAAAAGGAGGUUUUAUGAAGGAGAGAUGAAAUGUAAUGAAUUAAGUAUUUAAGCAUGAGGCCUGGGGCCUAUUUGUAUGUUAUGACACCUGUGCCUAUAGUCCAAGCUGGCAAAGGACUUCGUCUUGUUGUAAUGAAUUUAAAAUAUGGAAAUUAAAUUAUGAUUAAAAAAAACAAGAAAGAAUAAGACAGCUGUUAACAAUUGGAUAAUUAAUAAUAUUUCAUUUGUAUGAGUUCAUUUGCUGGACAAAGUUGUUUUUUGUACAAUUUAAAUUAAACCUCUUUAUAUCAAUUGGAA